AAAAAAGAAAUAACGAAUAAUUCCAUCAAAAAAAAAAACAAAAACAAAAAACAAACAGUAAAGAAUCAUAAAAUUAGUUGAUGCGUUCACCCAUGGAUUUAAGAGUUGGGAAUAAGUAUAGAAUUGGUAGAAAAAUUGGUGCAGGCUCAUUUGGUGACAUUUAUCUUGGCACAAAUAUAAUUACAGGAGAAGAAGUUGCUAUCAAAUUAGAAUCUGUGAAAGCUAAACAUCCUCAGCUAGAAUAUGAGGCUAAAGUAUAUAAAGCACUAUCUGGUGGUGUGGGUGUGCCCUUUGUGAGAUGGUUUGGUGCAGAAUGUGAUUAUUUUGCUAUGGUUAUUGAUCUUUUAGGACCUUCCCUUGAAGAUCUUUUCAACUUUUGUGAGCGUAAAUUUUCUUUAAAAACGAUAUUAUUAUUAGCAGAUCAAAUGUUAUCUCGUAUUGAAUAUGUUCAUUCAAAGAAUUUUAUUCAUCGUGAUAUUAAGCCUGAUAACUUUUUAAUGGGUAUUGGUAAGAGAGGAAAUCAAGUGAAUAUUAUUGAUUUUGGUCUUGCAAAGAAGUAUCGUGAUCCACGUACACAUCUUCAUAUUCCAUACAAAGAAAAUAAGAAUUUAACGGGUACAGCACGUUAUGCUAGUAUCAAUACGCAUUUAGGUGUCGAACAAUCUAGACGUGAUGAUUUAGAAUCUUUAGGUUAUGUAUUAAUGUACUUUUGUAGAGGAAGUUUACCAUGGCAAGGCUUAAAGGCAACAACUAAGAAACAAAAAUAUGAUCGUAUUAUGGAAAAGAAAAUGACAACACCUACAGAACUAUUGUGUCGUGGUUUCCCAAGUGAAUUUGCUAUUUAUCUUAAUUACACUCGUUCUUUACGUUUUGAUGAUAAGCCAGAUUAUUCUUAUCUUCGUAAAUUAUUUAGAGAUUUGUUUAUAAGAGAAGGAUAUACUUAUGAUUAUGUUUUUGAUUGGACAAUUUAUAAGGUAAGGUCUAUAGUAGCCUAUAAGAGUUUUAUAAUGGGUGGUAACAAAAGCCUAUUUCUUUCUUUUUAGGGUGCCGAUCAUAAUAAUCCUAAUAAAUCCGCUACUGCUGUAAAAGAUAAUCAUAAUGUAAAAAAGGAGAAAAAGGAAGAUGUCAAACGCGAAUCAGCAGUAAAACGUGAACCAGCAAUUAAACUUGAACAACAACCAGUAGUCAAACUUGAAGAUGAAACUCCAACUUUUUCAGCUUUCCGUAGAGCUAAUAAUAACCCUACUUUUGGUAUAGAAAAAGAAUAACAAAAUGAAUGUUUACUUGAAAUAUACAUUAUAUAAUAAUUAAGAUGGAUCAGCAGUCAUAUAAAUAUGAAAAUAUACGCAUUUUUUUUUUUUAAAGGAAAAAAAAAGAAAAACAUAAAUAAACAUAUGAUUAUGUAAUCAGCCCUUUACUAUUUGAUAUUUUAUUUAUUUUAUUUUAUUUUUCUGUCAAGUACGAAAGCUUCCGUUUAAUUCCAUUUCUACACCAAAUUGUUCAUAGUUUAUUUUAUAUUU